CUGUGUAGUAUAUUUUUUCAACGAACAUUAAGUGGAGAUUUAUUUCUCACACGAAAAGUGUAUAAAUCAGAUUUUGCAUACAGAACUUAUUGGAAAAAAAUUGUUGAUAGGAGAACUUUGAUCAUGUUGAUGAGACCUGUAGCUGCUCGAAAUAGAAGCCGAACGCCAUCUCCAUCUAAGCCAUUGUUGAACAACAGAUACAAACCAGGUGCUCCAUUGACAAAUACCGAAACCGAUGAUGAAAUUGAUGAUCGUGAAGUGGUAAAUAAACCGUAUCCUGGAGUAGAUGAUGGGUUUUUCACCAAUGAUCAAAAUGGAGGUCCGAAUGUUAAUUUCCCUAGUGAAAGCGCUGGGGAUCCUGAUGUUGAAUUGAUACCUACAAAGCCGAAAGAACCGGAAGAUAUUGAUCGUAAUAUACCGAGCCUAAUACCAAGGCUGGGUCCUGAUGGAGGCAACGUCAAUCCAAAUGACGCCAAUCCUCCAGAAGAAGAUCCCAAAGCUUUUCCGCCAGCACAACCCGAAUUUCCUCAAAGUCCAGGAUUCCGCCCAUGGGGAUUUGAUGUGGAACUUGGAGGCGGGGACAGCAUCCCAGAUUUGAAUGUUUACCAGCACAAGAAAACUCUUGCUCAAGGAAUGAUGGAUUUGGCUUUGUUUUCAGCCAAUGCUAACCAGUUAAGAUAUGUACUGGAAACGUUCAAAACACACCCCUAUUAUUACCCAAGUGUGUCGUUAAUUGGGAUUAGUUUACUUUUACAGGUGGCUGUUGGUGUUGGCCUCAUUUGGAAUGCAACAUAUAACAUCCGGGACGAAAAAGCUUUAUGCGUGGCCAACAGGGUGAAUAAUGUGACGACGAUUUGUGUCUUUUUCGUUACUGUCAUCAACGUUUUUAUAUCGGCUUUUGGUGUUGCUCCAGCCCCUUCUUAAUUUCCAAUGUAAUCUCAUUCUUUGCAUAACUUCUUACUACACGACUACUUCAAUUAGUCUUCAUUAAAAAUUUUCUCAACGCAGAUGUGAUAUUUAGAUUGUAAUAUAGAUUAUUUUUUUCAUUAAAAAUAUUUACUAAUUAUAUCGUACCUAUACUAUUAGCAUAGCAUAUCAUUAUGAACGUUAAAUUGGAAUAAUUAUAUUUUGGGAUUAACUAAACUGUAAAAUCUCUCCCAUGAUAAGUUUUAGCCUCUGCUCACUUUUUAAUAUUAUAAAAGCUAGUUAAAGUGCUUAUCAUCGUCGCUGCUACGGGAACAACUUAAUAUUUUUCUAUUUACAGUUAGUUAAAACGCUAUAUUGUUAUACCUAUUUAAAAACAAUAAGUAAAUUAAAAUUUUUAAUGCUAUUUAUUACUGGGAUAUUUUAUAUAAUAUAAUUAAGGACAUUUUCGUUUUUUAUUGUUUUUAUACGAACAGACUGAUUUUAUAGUUUGUAAACGCAACUUUAUGAAUCAAGUAAUAUAUUUAUUUUGGUAGAAA